GUCGUUCAUAAUUCACUGGAAACAUAUUCUGCCCGUCGUUUAUCCCCCACCUUGCCGAGGACCAUCAUAAAUCCACCCCUCCAUUGCAACUGCCUUCUUCAACACCUCUGCUACCAACCCUGAUGCUCAGUCAACAAGCGCCAUGACCAACCACUCCUUCUCACCCAGAGCCCGUACAUGUCUGACGGCUAUCGCAUCUCCCAAACUCCCAAUUCUCUUCGUUCAAUCCCAUGAUACCAUCAAGAUCAGUCAAAAGAGUCUCGACCUACAUUCACCUUCUGCCCGAAGUGAUUUUACUAGUGUCUCGAACUUGAAAGCCGUCGACGCAGUUAUGGACAUCCUCCUCGAUUCAGGAAAGUACAGCGACAUGCGCAUUACAUGCGAGGAACAAACAUGGAAUGUGCAUCGCUCAGUGGUCUGCGCUCAUUCGCCUGUAUUUGCAGCCAUGAUUGAUGGGGGGUUCAAGGAAGCUCACAGCGGCGUCAUUGACCUCCCAGCCGACAAAGCAGACAUCGUGGAGAUGAUGCUCCGCUUCCUCUACCAAGGCGACUACGACGACCUGCGUUGUUCUACCGCACCAGGCGAGGAUCUGGUAGAGCUUAACGCGGAUGCAAUGGUUGUGAAUGUAGAAGUGUAUGUCAUAGCUGACAAGAACGGCAUCCCCGCCCUAAAGGUUCUUGCCCGGCAAAAGUAUGCAGAGCUUGUGGCAGAGAUAUGGCAGGCAGAGUCUUUCAUGGAUAGUGUGGAGAUGGUGUUCCAGGAAACGCUGCCUGGUGAUUCCCUGAGGAAGUUCGUUAUCGAGACGGUGGUGUUGCACAUACAUACUCUAAUCAGGGAGGAGUGGUUCGUGGCGAUGCUGGAAGACCAAGGGGAUUUCGCAGUGGAAGUAUUGAAGGGAAUACUAGAGCUGGGCCGAAGUAUUUGGGCUGCAUCUUCUAGGGGGGCAGUUAGCAAACCCCAUAAGAAACUCAACAACUAGCAUCGGGAAACCAGGCAAGGUUCAGAUCUGAUGAGUCGUGUUUGAAGUUCAAACAGGGAAAGGAAAAGUUGUGAGUGUAAGGAUAGAUUCAUAUGAAAAGGGAAGCUCGAGCAAAAAGUGAAAAGUAGAUCAUUAAUCGAGUAUCGCCUUGGGGCGCGUAGACGCCUCUUUUCGCUUUGUAGUUGGCAUUAAUAAAUUACAAAACUAAUAACGCAAAUCCUGUCCGUAACUUAGCUCAAGCAGAUUUUCCAAACAACCACUGAAUAGCUUCCAGUGAUUGUUGUGGUUAUGCCCAUCAGAGGUUC